GCGGUCAGGUAUCUGAAGGUGCAGUGCACUUCAGUGGGAACAUAGCAGGCGCAUGAUUUGGGGCAGUCACCGCUCGUCGGCAGCACAGCAGCCAAGAAAAGCAGAGCCUUCAGCAGCCACCUCCACAGCCUACCCGAGAAUCACAGGCGGAUCAGCACAAGAUGGGUAUCCCGCGGAGUGCACAGCUGACACUUUUGUGCACCAGCUGCAGGAAUGUGGAGUGACUUUCCCUUAAAAUCACUAUAGGCCUAAUAUUUCUGACCUCUAAAAUGUAUGUUAUGUUGACACGCUUGGGGAAAAAACUGUGUGCAAUGUUGACUGCAUGAGCCACUGUUGUUUUACAAGUUAUGGUGUUUGUGCAUCAGUUGCAUCUUGGCACAAAGUUUCGUCGCGCGUCCGGUGCAAGCUGUAUUCGUUUAAGAGGCACCUGAGGAAUUUGCGGUGCGGGCCAAGGCGGGACGGUUCCGCCUCGUGAGUACACAGGGUGCGCGCUCCUGUCUCCCUAUCACUGACACUUAUAUUAAUUCUCCAGCUCCACAAGACAGACAUGCGUUACGGAACGCGCACGAGCAGCGAAGAAAAGCUCCGAACAUGCACGCCGAUAACCAUCAAAUGACACCAAACACGUGCUGUCAUAUUUAGCUGGUCUCGAUCCAAAAUUAAUUCCGAGCUUAAGCUUACCGCACCGGAGUAACUGACUUGUUAACAAGCGCAGCUAACAGCCUGUUUGUGUUUGCACCCUUCAGUCAGUUGCUGAAAACGCACGUUGUAAAAUGAGGUUGGGAAGCAUCAUUUUAUUCGUCGCCCUCAGCUCUUUUACCGCUUAUUAUAUUUAUGAGCCCAUUCCUGAGGCGAUAGAAGAGAGAUGGAAACUCAUGCUGACCAACUCUUUCUUCAGAAGUCUCAGCCACCUGGCAGACCUCAGUGAGUUACUGGGGCUGAAGGACUACAUGGGGGUAAUGUACUUCAUUACUCUGGCUGAAAAGGUAGUGCCUGUGUCUGACGAGCAUGUCAAGGUCACAGAGGAGAAGUUUGAUGGAGUGGAGGUGGUGUUGUACCAGCCAAAGCAGCGGGGCAGUGACACUGAGCUCAGGAGAGCUGUCAUUUACCUGCACGGUGGAGGAUGGUGUCUGGGGAGUUCCCGGAUGAGUCCAUAUGAUCUCCUGGCUAGAAAAAUGGUCACUGAGCUAGAUGCUGUGGUUCUAUCUGUAGAGUACCGCCUUGCCCCUGCUCACCACUUCCCUGUACCAUAUGAGGACGUAUACCGUGUGGUCAAACACUUCCUCCAGAAGGGGGUGCUGGUCCAGUACUCUGUGGACCCAGGGCGCAUCGCUGUGUCGGGUGAUAGUGCUGGGGGGAACCUGGCAGCUGCUGUCUCCCAGCAGUUACAAAAAGAGCCUGGACAGCAGGUUCAGUUGAAGGCCCAAGCACUCAUUUACCCUGUGCUGCAGGCUCUGGACCUUAACACGCCUUCCUAUCAGCAGAAUCAGAACAUGCCCAUUCUGCCCCGCACCCUCAUGGUGCGUUUCUGGAGUGAGUACUUUACCAGUGACAAGGCCCUUUUCAGAGCCAUGAUGGCCAACACCCACAACAACCCUGAGUCUUCUAGCCUGCUGAAGUUUGUCAACUGGAGCGCCUUUCUGCCAGAAAAAUAUCAUAGAAAAUACAACUACAGUGCUCCUGCUGUGGUGCAGGGCGUCGGAGGGGAGGCAGUUGGUAUGAAUGGAAUAUCUCGAUCUUUUGCUGACCCGAGGGCAUCACCCCUGCUGGUUCUAGACACAGCCUUACACUCUCUGCCCAAAGCCUACAUUCUGACAUGUGAGUAUGAUGUUCUCCGUGAUGAUGGGAUUAUGUAUGUCACACGGCUCCGUGCUGCUGGUGUUGAAGUGACACAUGAACACUAUGACACAGGAUUUCAUGGAGGGCUGAUGUUCACUGUGUGGCCAACCGACUUCCUGAUUGCACGAUGCAUGACAGACAACUAUAUCAAAUGGCUCAAGGAAAACUUGUAAAAACUCUUGACUAUCAGUAUUCAUUCCAGUUUUUCCACACAGUGCACCAGUGUUUGUUUAGGUGCCCAUCUGGUGUUCAACUUUUUGUUGUUUAUUUCUUUUUUUGUGGUCAUGCUAUUUUUCUGUAAUUAUACUGCAAAAUAUAUUUACUUCUUUUUCCACAUUAGAUAUCAUUAGGAAACAGGAUUUUGAAAGAAUAGUUAAUAUUUUUUCACAUAAGGUGGUUUGAGUACAACACAACACAUAUGACACCAGUACAAUAGUAGUAUUGUGUUUAUUGUCCAACAAACACAAUACUACCCAGAGAAAUCUGAGGGGAAAAAUCAAACUGUGGAAUAUCACUAAAGUUGUGUUGUGGAUGGUGGUAGCUGGCCCUGUGUGGUGCUGUUCAUUCUUGUUUUCCACCACUGUGGACUCUUGGAGUCAAUAAGCUAAAAGAGACCCAAAUAAAUCAAAUCAAACCACAGGAAUCUGCUACCUGAUCUUAUGUCUAUUGUGUCCGUAUCGAUACUGAAAGCUAGUAAUGCAUACCACAAAAAAAAACAAAAUCGGAACUAUCCCAUAAGGGGUUUUAAGAAUCCAGUAUAAGACAAAGUAGGAAAGGAUUUUCACAACAGGAAAAAAAUAUCUUCAGUUUGGCCAGAGUUAACAUUUAUAACUGAGUGCAGCUGUUACUAAAACCUAAGAUUGUUUUGAUGUUUUGGUAAAACUAUCCUGGUGUUCCUGGCAUUGCAUCAAAGAUUGGCAAGUGGUUCUGUUAAAUACAGAAACACUGUUUUUCAUAAAAAAAGAACUAUCCCUUUGUUGUGUAACCCAUGCAAAUGUGGCACACAGGCAGAUGCUUGCUGGUAUGGUAAAUUAUUUAAAUUGCAGAGUGAAUGGUAUCUUCGUCAGCACAACAUAUUCAUACAUAGUCAAAUUUCAAGUCUUGUUUGCUUUGUAAUGGCUGCACAUCAGAGCUACACACAAUGAAAAUUGAUGAGCCACAUUCCACACAGAAUAUUGGUAUUUAUAAGUAGAUUAUGCUGCAACAAUAUUCUCCAAAUAUUCUUCACACCAUGCGUACACACAUUUUUGUGAUUGAACUUAGCUGAGUGUGAUGUAGCAAUAUGGUAAAGAGAGGGAUAUUGUCCAACAUAUGAGGUGGAUUGAAACCAUUCACUCGUCUCUCCCUUUUUUCUCCUUUAUCUUUUUAUCUGUGGGUGACGUCACCCUGUGACUUCUCUACACAUGGGAUGAUUAUCUAAAAGAUACUGUAACAUAAAGUAUGUAACUUUUUCAACAGUUUUACAGUUGGGGUUUUUUUUCUGUCAGAGAAACCUGGCUCAUUUGCUUAAGCACUGCUACAUUUUCAAUUGUUAAUAUGACUCUGACUGAAUAUGACUAUUUUUGUUUUGGAUUCGCUCUCUGAGAACUUAUGAUUUGCAGCAUUUUUAAUUUUAAUGUUAUCUGUCAAUAAAUUGACUUGACCUUUAA